CUCCAGUCCAGGGGCAUCUCGGCUAUGUCUGGAGGUCUCCGAGAGUGUUGUGCGCACUUCCGGACCUCAGGCUGGGCUCGCGGUGGUCAGCACCUUGGACCUGGCUGGUCCUGAGGCCCCCGCGGCAUCUGGGACUGGCUAUUCCCUCCGCCUGAGUGGUAGAGAGGGCACGUCCUCGUUGGAGCCCACGGUCCGCAGGGGGCUUGGUGCGGUGGACCCAGUGACAGCCGUGGCCCUGGUCCCUGAACUCCGCUGGUGUGGCCCGGCCUCCCGUGGCUGAGAAGGGACUGUUGAGGAAGGAAGCCCCUCCUGUCCGACCUACCCUCACUCCUUCGGACCCCACGUUGCAGCCAACGGUGUUCGUAGCGUCUUGGCAAAGACUAAGCAUCAGGCUGGGACCGGGUGGCUCAGUCUGCACAUUCUAGCUCCUUUCUACCCCCAGACUGCCUGGAAGCAGGAGCUGAGCCUCCACCCCACGACGAAAGAAAAUGCGCGUGAGAGCGGUGUUCAGAGCCGCCCAGCUCUCUAGAGGCCGAGCCAGCUCUAGCGCCCAGGGCUCCCGUCCGCCAGGCGGCGGCUUCCUCCCGUGCGCCCGCCUCGGGUCAUCGCUAAAACCCGCCCCUUCCCACCUUCCACCCCUUCAGACCCUCCCACGGAUUUCCUCUCCUCCAGGGGAAGGACUCUGAUAGGCGGUCAUGGAGAGAACACCCAGAACAUACGUAAGAUCAACCUCGUGUGUGUUCAGGAGAGAGAUAGGUGUGGGGUCCAGUUGACGCUUCCAGCCACAGUAAAUUUGCUCCUGAACCUUCGUGUUCCUGUUCCCUGGCAAAAUGAGGAAAGGAGGAGAGGGCUCAGGAGAAGCCAUCAGAUCUUGCCCCAUACUUGGUAAGUGGCAGAGCCAGACCGAGACUGCUUCCCGGGCAGAAGUCAGCACAGAUGAGCCAGGGCGGCUGUGAUGAGGAGUGACAGCGGACAGACCGCCGGUGCGGGAGGAGGCGCGCACGGAGCCCCACAGGUCCGGGGAGGGGCCGGAGGGCCACGGCUCCUCGCCCCCCGCCCGCCCUAGCUGAACUCCAUUUAAUGGACUCUGCCUUCAGGAACCCAUUUUUAUAUUUUCCUGGGAGUGGUCCUCCAUGCCUGCCAGGGGCAGGCCUGGUGACGAGCUUUGGGUUAGAAGCUUAGUAGACAACAGAUGUUUUAAAAGUAAGGUUUAUAUACGAAGUGCCUGUUAGUCAUAGAAAAAGUUAGGAAAUUCAUCUAAGGACAAAGAAAGUAUUUUAUAAAGUGGUCGUGACCCAACUGCCCAGAGCUAACCACUAGCGUUUUUGUCUUACAUCACUUCAGAGAUUGUUCUGCGUGAACAUGUCUGUGUGUGCAUGCGUCUGUGUGUGUGUGUGGGAUCCAAUAGUUUCCGGCCACCUUUUUUUUUUUUUUUUCAGUGAUGAGUACGCUGUCGCUAAAAUAGUUUUCCAUGAUUUUAUUUUCAUAAGUUACAUAGCGGGUUCAUUUCCCUUUGGAGGUAAGGUAGUGUGUUUACUCAUCCUCCUUCAUUGGUUGUUAUUUUCUCUUUUAUUUCGGACUUUUAACAAAAUGUAAUACGUAUCUUGGCACCUAACUCUUCGCCUACACUCGUGACUGUUGCGUCAGAAUAAAUUUCUAUGAAUUAAUUUCUGGGGAGCGAGGGGAGGGGUUAGUAAGUGGCUCACUGGUGACUGAAACACAGAUACAUAUGUGGAUUAAGUAGAAAAGUCGAGAGUGGACCCCCACAAGGUGGGGUCCCUCAUCACACGCCAAGGCGAGGGCAUUGUGUGGUGGCGGGGUCCUUGGGGGGAAGCCUGUCCUCCCCCUGUUCCUGCAGCGAGCUUGGCCUCUCACGUGCUCUCCUGUCCCCACCCCGUCUCUGCUUCCACAGGUGUCUGCUUUUCCCGGCCCAUCAGGGAAGGAUCAUGUACCCGCGGUCGUUGUCAUUCAGAGACGUGGCUGUGGGCUUCACCCGGAAGGAAUGGCAGCAGCUGGACCCCACACAGAGGACGCUGUACCGGGAUGUGAUGCUGGAGAACUAUAGCCACCUGGUCUCAGUGGGGUAUCAGGUCACCAAACCAGCUGUGAUCUCCAGGUUGGAGCAAGGGCAAGAACCAUGGAUGGAGGAGGAAGAAAUCCUCAGAUGGAGCUUUCCAGGAGAAAAUUUACAAGUUGACCACCCAGUAGGAAGACCACAGGAACACCAAGACCGGCUUCUGAGGCACAUUGUGUUCCUAGACAAGCAAGAACCGACAAAGAAAGGGCACCACGAGCGUAACCCAAUUGAAAAGACAGUCUGUCGGGACACAAACCUUGCUCCUUCAAAACAGCAGGUCCAUACAUGUGACUCGUGUGGAAGGAAGCUACCAUGCAAUGUAGACGUCAGCCCCAACGCCUACCUUGCAAGAAGGCGAUUUGAGUGUGACGGACAUGGGAACCUGUUUCUCUACUCCAAGCUCGAAACACCCCCUUCUGAAGGGCGGCCGCGUGAGUGUGACCAGUGUCGGAAAGCCCUCCGUGGGGACCAGGCCCGGAGUGCCCGCUGGGGAGCUGGUGGCGCCGAGAGAGCCCACAGGUGCCCGCAUUGUGGGAAAGGCUUCUCCUACGAAUCAGAACUCAGGACACACCUGGAUGUGCACGGGGGUGAGCAGCCCCCUGCGCAUGGGGCCCAGGGGCUAGGCUGCAGGGUUAGCCGGGGAGGUCACCCCAGAGAGAAACCCGGGGGCAAUGGCAGCGGCGGGAUGGUGCCAUCACAGAAGACGAGCCUGUCAUUGCCCGCCGCAGCUCUUGCAGGAGGGAAGCCGUACAAGUGCUCUGAGUGCGAGAAGACCUUCUCCCACAAGUCCCGCCUCAUCGAGCAUCACCGGUCCCACACGGGGGAGAAGCCCUACGGCUGCAAAGAGUGUGGGAAGUCGUUCUCGCGCAAGUCGUGCCUCAUCAUCCACUUCCGGACCCACACCGGGGAGAAGCCCUACGGCUGCGGCGAGUGUGGGAAAGCCUUCUUCCAGAAGUCCCACCUCAUCCUGCACCAGAGGACUCACACGGGCGAGAGGCCCUACAAGUGCAGCGAGUGUGGGAAAGCCUUCUCGCAGAACUCCUGCCUCAUCAUACACAAGCGAACUCACAUGGGCAAGAAGCCCUACGAGUGCUCCGAGUGUGGGAAGACCUUCUCCCAGAAGGCCAACCUCAUCCGCCACCACAGAAUCCACACCCGCGAGAAGCUGUACGGGUGAGCGGAGAGCCCGGACUUAAGCUCCCGAGUCCCGGCAUGUUGGUGGCGGUCGCACCUCUGGAGGUUGUGAGUGUGGAAAACCCUUCCGCAGGAAGUCCAGUGCUGUGGGUGUGCGGAGAUGCAAACCCAGGGGAGACUGGACCAGUCAGGAGAAUCAGGAAGGGCUCUUCUCUUAAAACCAGUGAACGAUGCUCUAGAGCGAUCUAUUUUUACAGGGUAUACCUCAUUAUAAAGUCUAUCUGCAUUAACUGUGGCUAUAGGGCUUUGAAAUCUGUGACUAAAUUAAAUCAUUAUGACAAUAGGUCUAAUAAACAUCAGAACAAUCCCAGGGGGCACAUAGCGGGUCUGUUCCUGAGGAUGCAGCCUAGAAAGAAUCUGAUUUAUUUUAAGCCACGUUGGUAAUUGACUGUAAGUGUGAGCUUCUCAGCUUGUCAGGCAGACACACCACCGGAGUGGAUGGAGUGACCUGUACCAGGAUGUCCCACAUGAAAUCAUGCCCUUUUGUCUCUGUGACAUACUCCGUACCCAGGGCAGCAGGAGCUUAUUAGGCCAGGACUCCAGACCCCACAUGCCAUUGCUUGCUGGAUCUGAAUACCAGCCAUUUCCUGACCUCUCCUGAUGAUCUCUCCGCCCACUGGUUCAUAAUCAGGUUUCAUAUCGUGUAAGGUUAGAGCUCCCUUUCCUGGCAAAACGGUGGGCCACCUGAGGCGAAAGCCAUUCCACCAUCAGUGACCAGAAAUGACAGCCGGUAACAGAUAAGAUUCUUUUAAAUGCAUAGGUGGGCUGGCAAGAAAACUAGUGCGGUGUCCAGGUGCCAGCAAGGCAAGCUGAGCGGAGAGCCAAAGUGGCAGUUGGAGGCCAGAAGCUCGAGUUGCCCCAAGGGUUUAACUUGGUUUUUCCCAAAGCUCGGGUGUUCGAGACCAAAGGAGGACACAAGGCAAGGCUGUGGAGCACACAGGGCAAAGAGUGGGUCCUGAAGUAACUUAGAGUCAGAAAUUUCUCAAGUCUGUACACGCAGGGAAAGGGGGAGGGCUAGCGAAAAGUCUCCCUUGCUCCAGAACCUUGUCUGCCUCUCCUUUGGGCCUUGAUGGGGAAACGUUGACCCCGAUGAUUCAUGAGCUCUGACCAGCAUCCUGUGUGAGUCAGAAUUUGGAAUUCCUCUUAUUUCUGUCCUAGUCUUAAAACUAACCAGUCAGUAUAGAAAUUUGCCCCAUUUUGAAACAGAUGACAGAAGCGAGCACAAUACAUUUUGGAGGGGAACACCCUCAACCCACAUUUGUCGGUGUUUUGACAUAUAAAACUCCACAUGACUUCAUAAUCCCCAGCUACAAAACAUGAAGGACCAAGCUACAGCAAGACGGACAACAGACACUCAAAAUAACGUCCAGUAUUUUAGGGUCAUAGAAACACAAAAUUCUAGAAAAAUAACUAUCUUCACAAAUGAUUGAAAGCAAAGAAUGAAAACCGCAAGACAGCAAGGCACAGAGCCAGAGAGCUGGUGUCUGGCCAGGGGAGCUCACAGAGCAUCUAGAAAUGAGAAAUACGGGCAUUGCAACAUGAACACCAAAAUGCUGAGCGGAAAGCCCAGCAGGAGGCGAUACUCAGCUGCAGAGAACGGGAACAGAGUCGAGCAAAGCAGAUUCUUAGGAGUCCGUCUACAGAGAAGCAUCUAGAUUAAAACGCUACAAGCAAGCGGGAGUUCCUAAGAGGCAGACUACAGGAAGAUGAGAAAACACGGCUCGGAUUUGACAAGAUGUGAGCUCACAGGCUCAGGCAGCCUGUGGCCAGGCGGAUGAACAGUAAAUUCGCAUCUUAGAUACCCACCUGUACCUGUCAACAGCUGGCUAAGUUGCUCCGAGGUAUCGCAGCUCCGCACCUAAAACAUCUGGCCGAGCGGUCUGCGGGGACCCGACACUGACGCCGGUCCCCGGAUCACAGCCGCAAAGCCACGAGCAAAUGUGAGGUCCCGCAUGCCUGCCUCCCACAUCCUUGCGAACUACAGACUCCUCUGCUCGCCAGCGCUUAUCUGCCUUACGCGCCCCUUAGCCAAGACCCCCGUGGCGCUUACCUAAACCCAGCUUCUCUGGUUUGAAUGGACCAGUGUGGUCCUAGCCUACGGGCCCUAAUAAAGUUGCGUGCCCCGGGUCCAGUCUCUUUCUGCUUUCUGCCUUGAUGUCCCCGUGUGGCCCCUCCAGGCCUGCUGUGUACUUCUUGCCCCGCCCCCAGGGCCCCCCCGUGAAUAAUAAAUGUCUCUGUUUCCCGUUC